AUGCGCUCUUUCACACUCGUUUCUCUUCUUCCUCUUCUAUCUCUCACCCACGCUUCUCCCGUCAGGCGUGCGUGCACUCGUCAUAACUCUACCGUCACGGCCGCAGCAGCCUUUGCAAACGGCGGCACCCACUCUCAUGCCGCUGGAAACGGACAGCACAUGUCCAAUCACGGCUUUGGUCAAGUCUCAUCAUCAUCGGCGCCCGCCGUUCAACCCACCAUAAAUACCCCUGCCCCGCAGGGUGCACAUUCCGGAGUCGUCCCCACGUCGGUAGCCAGCACUCCCGUAGUCUCUCCAGUACCUGCCCCGUCAUCGGCGGCUGCACCGCCCUCGGCCCCUUCGACAGGUGGAAACGGUGGAGGUGGGAACGGCGGCGGCGGGGCUGCAGGAGGAGCGGUGGGUCUCGCCGUCGACUCGAGCUCGGGACAGCUGUCUGCGUUCAAGUCAGUGUCAGGAUCAAAGCUAUCAUGGUAUUAUAACUGGGGAUUGUCGCCUACAGGAUCAGGAGCCGAUGGUUUGGAGUUUGUGCCCAUGGUCUGGGGUACAGGGUCAACAAGUGGACUGGCAGCGGCUGCCAAGAGCUGGCCAGCGGGUACGAAAUAUGUCCUGUCCUUCAACGAGCCCGAUCAGCCUUCGUCAGUCGGAGGAUCCGCUAUAUCCGCUGGCGAUGCUGCCACGGCUCAUCAAAACUGGGUCACUACACUCGGUGGUUCAUACCUCAUCAGUACUCCAGCCGUCGCCAGAGGCGGGAAGCAGUGGCUACAAGACUGGGUCACGGCUUGCGCUGGAAAAUGCAAGUACGACAUUGUCUCUUUCCACUUCUACGGUACCGAUGCAGACGAUCUAAUCACCUAUGCAAAAGACUUUUACUCUACCUUUAACAAGCCACUUUGGUUGACGGAGUGGGAUUGCACCGACUACUCCAGCGGUCAAGUCUGCACCCCCGACCAAGCCAAAGCGUUCAUGACGACGGUGAUAGACUGGAUCGAGGGCGAAGGCGCGAGCAUGGUCCAGAGAUACUCUUGGUUCGGUGACUUUCCAAAGAUGUCGACGGAUGGGAAUGGACUGGCGAACGCGGAUGGAAGUCCCAACGCAUUGGGUCAAUACUAUGUGGCUCUAUGA